AUGACGGUGAUGAGCAGCUCCUCCGGUGAUGAUGAAGACAGCUCGGAAGCGAACAUCGCGAGUGCUCGCCAGUGGACCCUGCUUGAUGUGGACAAUCCUCCUGUGAAGCCUCCUCCCUUUCCCUUCUUGGCCAUUCCAGGCAAGACUUUCAACUUGUCAUCGUCAGAUGACCUUAUGGAAUAUAUUCAGCAGUUUCUGGACGAUGAACUCGUAUCACUAGUGGUAGACGAAACCAAUUGCAAAGCGGUUGAAAAGUUGAAACGCUCUCCUCCGAGUGAACACUCCCGCCUCAAAAAAUGGGUGCCGGUUACAAAGGAAGAGAUGUGGGUAUUCCUUGCACUCCUGUUACUGCAGGGAAUAGCUCGCAAGCCUCGACAGCAGUGGUACUGGUCCAAGAACAAGCUGUUGUCUACACCUGUUUUCGGAGAGGUUAUGUCCUGCCACCGGUUUCUGCUAAUUAUGCGAAUGUUGCACUUUGUGGACAAUGCCAGCAUCACCGAUCUUAGUAGCCAUCCACAGCCGAAGCUGUGCAAGAUAUGGCCAUUUUUGGAGCGAUUGUUGAACUACCGUUCGGCAUAUAUACCAGAAAGAGACAUAUCAAUAGACGAAAGUCUAAUGCUCUUCAAAGGAAGACUUGGAUGGGUGCAAUACAUCCCGCUCAAAAGAGCAAGAUUUGGCUUGAAAUUUUUCUUGCUUUGUGAGGAAUCUUCGGGAUAUGUGUGGGAUGUCUUGAUCUAUACAGCAAAAGGCACAUAUCUAGGCACGCCAGCAAAUCUUCAACCUUGUUCACCAAUGGGCACCAAAGUUGUUAUGAAGCUCAUCGAGCCUUUGCUAGGCAAGGGGUACUGCCUGACGAUAGACAACUUCUAUACUUCGCCAGAACUCGUCGACCUCCUCAUCCAGCACCGCACGGAUGUGUAUGGCACCGUGAGACCAAACAGAAAAGACAUGCCUCCAGAUUUCCAGACGAAGAAGCUGAAGAAGGGAGAGGUGCAAGCCUACCAGCGCGGUAAAUGUAUUGCUCUCCAAUGGCGAGACAAAAAAAGUAGUCUCCGUCAUGAGCACAGUGCACACUGCAAGCAUGGAGACUUCAAAGAUUCUAAAGGGCGAGACAUCGCAAAGUCCAGCAUUGUGCGUGAUUAUAAUCACACGAUGGGCGGUGUGGACAAGUCAGAUCAGAUGCUGUCCGACUACCCUGUCCCUAGAAAACGGCAGAAGAUCUACUACAAGAAGAUCUUUCGACACUUGAUCGAUGAAGCGACGUUUAACUCUUUUGUCUUGUACCAAAAAGACGGAGGGAAGAUGAGCCACCUUGACUACCGCCUCGCCCUAAUUGAGGCGAUCCUGACUAGGUACCUUGAUCCUUCAAAAAAGACAAAGCGCGGCCGACCGUCUGAUGUGCUUGACGCUGCUGUGCCCUCAAAACACCGACCCUGGAACUUUCGAUCUCGUACCCUGCCAUCAACCAUGCCUCGGCACACCUCCCAGAAACCACCUCCUCCUGCACCGACCGUGUAUCCUGGUGUGCCUCGUCACCGCGACCCUGUCAUCUUCACUGGCACAGAUGACACUGAUGUGGCGAACUGGCUCACAACAUACGAGAGGGACUACAUCAUUCGCAUGCUCUACCAUAGCGGAUGUCAGCACUCUGACGCCGACGCCCUCUUGCGCUCGCCCUUGCCCGACGACAAUGCCCGCUGCUCAGUAUCCGAGCUUGCUGUUUCUUCCAUCGACCUUCACACCAUUGCUUCCAAACAGCGCAAGGACCACUGGAUCGCCUAA